AUGGCUUUACUACACAGUAUGUCAGAAGAAUGUUUAAAAUCAGAGCUGGAUCUGUUUACAGUACCGCUGACUCAGAUGGCUAUUGAGAAAAAUACAUAUAUAGAAAUACCUCCAUUAUCAGCGAUUUCAGACUCUACACCUCUGGAAUUUUUUAUUGCUGGAACGGGGGAGGAUUAUUUGGAUCUAAACAAUACAUUGUUAUUUUUACGACUCAAAAUCACAAAUCCAGAUGGCACAGAUAUUGCAGAUGGAGCUCCUGUGGGCCUUAUAAACUAUCCAAGCUGUUCGAUUUUUGGGCAGGUGGAUGUGUCGUUGGGGGACCGACUUAUAUCACAAAGUACUAGUACAUACCCUUAUCGUGGGAUAAUAGAAUGUCUUACCAAUUAUGGGAAAGAUGCUCUUGAAACACUCUUCAGUGCAGCGUUGUUCUACAAAGAUACCGCGGGGCAUAUGGACGUAACGGAUCCUGCGGGGGCAAAUCGAGGGUUAACAAAGAGGGCAGCCUUCACCAACGCCAGUAAUGUGGUCGAACUUCUCUCACCUGUUCACAGCGACAUUUUCUUUCAAGAGAAACUGAUGCUUAAUGGGGUUGAUAUUAAAGUUCGUAUGACCAGAGGAAAAGAUGAAUUUUGUUUGAUGAGAAGCAACGCUACGGCCUACAAGCUAAACAUCCUGUCAGCAUCUUUAUUUGUGAAAAAAGUGACAGUAUCACCGGCUGUAAGAUUGGGGCAUGCACAAGCACUGCUUUCAACCACUGCCAAAUACCCAAUCGACAGAGUAUGUCUGAAGAAUUUCUCAGUACCUGCAGGAUCGCGUGUCUGCAAUCAAGAAAACUUAUUCUUAGGAACUCUACCAAAAUCUAUCGUAGUAGCGAUGGUUGAUAACGAUGCCUUUGUGGGGUCGUAUGAUAAAAAGCCCUUUGCAUUUAAAAACUACGGCCUUGAAUUUUUAACCAUUUAUGUCGACGGUGUCCAGCAUCCAGGAAAGCCGUUGCAGCCUGAAUUUGGAAGCGGUUCUGCAGUGAGAGAAUUUGAUCAGUUAGCGUUGGCCUCUGGAAGACAUCUUAAAAAUCAGGGACUAUCUAUUGAUAGAGAAGAAUUCCUGCACGGCUAUACACUCUACGCAUUCAAUCUAACUCCGGAUGAGGAGUGCGGGCAGCACAUUUCGCUUAUUAAGAGUGGUAAUAUUAGACUGGAAGCCCGUUUUAGACAACCCCUCCCCCGGACAGUAAAUUUAAUUUUAUACGCUACUUUUGACAGUGUUAUAGAAAUAUCAAAUCGUCGGCAGGUCCUGGUUGACUACUAUUAA